UGCGGUCUCGCCUACACAAAUAGGGCUGGAGGGGCGGGGCGGCCGAAAUUUCGCGCCAAGCUGGCUGUGCGGAGACCGCGGUUCACCGCUAGCUAGGAAGUGUUUCCUGCCGCUGUCAUGGUUCGUCCGCUAAACUGCAUCGUCGCUGUGUCCCAGAACAUGGGCAUCGGCAAGAACGGGAACCUGCCCUGGCCACCACUCAGGUAAACAGAAUUUGGUGAUUAUGGGUAGGAAGACCUGGUUCUCCAUUCCAGAGAAGAAUCGACCUUUAAAGGACAGAAUUAAUAUAGUUCUCAGUAGAGAACUCAAGGAACCUCCAAAGGGAGCUCAUUUUCUUGCCAAAAGUCUGGAUGAUGCCUUAGAACUUAUUGAAGAUCCAGAAUUAACAAAUAAAGUAGACAUGGUUUGGAUAGUGGGAGGCAGUUCUGUUUAUAAGGAAGCCAUGAACAAGCCAGGCCAUCUUAGACUAUUUGUGACAAGGAUCAUGCAAGAAUUUGAAAGUGAUGUGUUUUUCCCAGAAAUUGAUUUUGAAAAAUAUAAACUUCUUCCAGAAUAUCCAGGUGUUCCUUCGGAUGUCCAGGAGGAAAAAGGCAUUAAGUACAAAUUUGAAGUAUAUGAAAAGAACAAUUAAUGUGAAAAUGUUUUCUGAUCUAUUUCAAGCCUUUCUCCCCGCCAAGGAAAACUAUAUAUUUUUUUGUUGUAGAGACUUCUGUUCACUUUAGAUCUAUUACUUCUAAGCAAUGUACUUUUAUUCCCUAUUAAUCUUUUUUAUUAAUUAUUAUUGGAGUAUACUUGCUUUACAAUGUUGUGUUAGUUUCUGCUGUAGAACAAAGUGAAUAAGCUAUCCAUACACAUAUAUCCCCUGUUUUUGGAUUUCCUUACCUUAGAUCACCACAGAGCACUGAGUAGAGUUCCCUGUGCUGUACAGUAGGUUCUCAUGAGUUAUCUGUUUUUUACCUAGUUGUAUAUUCCCCAUUAAUCUUAACUAGACUAUACCAGAUACCAUUUGUAAAACAUUUCUUGCUAUAACUGUCUGAAUUCCCAUUAAGGGCCAGGAAUAGGUUACCAGCACCACCUAGGGUAGAAUAUAUCUAUCAAGACAGUCCAAAGUGGGAAAGUCCCCUGGUGGCAAGAAUUGAAACCAGAGCCUGUAGAGCUAGGGGGUAAGUUCAGAGGUCAGAAAUGGACAAUAAACAGAAAAAACUAGCAUUCAGUUAUUAAAUUAGAUCAAAAGAGGGACUAAGAAUUACUCCAUACAGAUCACACUACUGAAAAAAAUUCUGUUCACUCAGACCAUUCCACAAGGAUAGUGAUGAACAGAUACAAGACUACCUUUUUGAUGGUUAAGAGAACAUCUGAGACCUUUAAAAACUUUGUUUCCGACCUUCAGUGAGAUUUCACAGGAUGUUACAAUGAUAGAACAAUAAGUGGCUGCUCUGUACAAAAAAGGAUAACCUAAAAUCAUGCAUAAUGGCUAAAAUUUUAAAAGGUAAUAAAUUGAGAAUGAAUAUUGCUAGAAACCAAAAUUAGUAAGUUAGAAACUGAACAUCACAGAAUUAAAAAAUGAAAACUAAACCAUGUUUUACCCAUCUUAUUAGCAAAGAUUUAGAUUACUAAUAUUAAAAAAAUAGCAUUUUCUGCCUAUAAAUUGGUACAACCUUUUUAGUGUAUAAGUUAGCAGUAUUAAUUAAAAUCCAAAAUAUUCUGGGUUUGGACCCAGAACUUCCACUUCUAAGAAUUAUUCCUGAACAAAGAGAUGGGUCCAAGAAUAUCUGUUGCAAAAUUUUGUUUUAAACUUGGAAAGAACCCAAAUGUUGAUUAAUAAGAACUACUUAAUAUGUCUAUAAAAUGUAACAUCUGCAGUAGUAAAAAAAGGAUGACUGAAAAAUGCCAAAAACUGCUAAGAAGCAACUUAUGUAUCAACUCAAAAUGUUUAAUAAAUGUUAAUGUGUGGGAAAAAGCAUGCCGCAAACUACUGAUAGUA